GAGAGAGACAGAGUGCAGGAGGAGCGAGGGAGAGAGGGAGAGAGAGAGAGAGCGCGCGCCGGGAGAGGAGCAGUUCGUACGUCUCCGCUGGGCGAGAAACGACCAUUAACAUGUUGGAUUGUGAAUCAUAUUAAAGAAAAGACUCGACGCCCGACGGAAUUUAACUCUUUCUGGGUUUGAGCGGACCGCCAGAGAUCAACAAAGUUUCAAAACCACAGACGUGUCCUGCAGCCAUGAGGCAAAGUGGACUGAUUGGAGUUCUCUAAGGACACGUCUGUGCCAGGAGUGACUUCCGCCACUUCACUGUGACUCGUCGAGGUCUGUCUGGGGAGGCGUGGUCCUGCCCCACUGAAACAACAUGUGCAUAGGACGCAGAGGACAAAGCCAGCGUGUGGAGCCCCUGCUUGCUCCUCUCAGCUCGGGAUGCACUCUUCUCUACAGCCUUUCCCGUUCUCCCCUUUGCCCUGUUUUACGGCCCUGAUACCGCACCGGGCACCAUGAACGUGUACAGAGACCCUGGCCCUCUCUCUCAGCCCCUCCCCCCGGUUCACCUGCGCCUGCCGCUCCACAAUGGCCACACCUCCCCGGCUGAGGCCAGCUUAUCCCGCGUCUCCGUGCCCAAGAUGGGCGUACGGGCUCGCAUCGCCGAUUGGCCCCCAAGGAGGGAGCAGUCACGAGAAUCGCUGCUGGAAAAUGGGCAGGGUGUGACAGCAGAGAGCAGUAGUGGCGACGAAGGGUUUAACCGUGGGGGUAUGGCAAGGGUGCCACAGCUACGACGCAGCAAAGAUGCAGAGUUUCGAGAGGGAAGGACUCUGAGGAACAUCCCGGGUUCUCCUGCACGUUUCCGGAUCCCGGGAUUCGCUCCGCUGAAGCAGCGUUCUAACAGCGAAAUCACGCUGAGCGAACAGGAUGAAACAGAAGUCGAAAGUCGCCUGUUCCGGGUGUACGGCAGCACGUCAUCCAUCAAUGUCCAGGCCGUGUCUGAGGAGAGCUUCUUUGACAUGCUCAGUCAGUUCCAGCAGGAGAUGCCAGACCAACGUAGUGCUGCCCCUGCCAGGCUAGGAGAACUACUGCAAGCUGAAUCCUCACUCAACCCAUCCCCUUCUCCUGUCCCCUCCAUCCCUCGCUCAGAAGACCGCCCUGAUGGCCGCGUGCGCAAAAAGAGCGGAGGCACAGAAUCAUCCCUUGGGACCUCGUCCCUUUUUCGGAAGCUUCGCAGUGCCAACAGGGGGGAUACCGAAGCAUCACGCGGUGACUCAGAGGAGACACGACAGUCGGAGGCUUCACUCAAACUAUGGCAGUGUGUACGUAGCUUUGCGCACUACGACGCCCAGAGCCUCAUGUUUAACCUACAUGAGGCAGCCGCCCAGCGCAGCUAUGCAGCCCAAAGACGUAACACAGCCACAGGGGCGUCCUCAGCGUCUGCCAUGUCCUCAGCAGCCAUCUCACUGGCUGUGACCCGCGCUCUGGCUCUGGGCGGAGCCGAACCCACCUUCUCUAGUACGGACGAUCUAAGUUUGCUAAUAGAGGGAUCUACCUUGGGCAUGGAAGCCUCGGACUCAGCAGGACUGGACAGCUUGAACUCAGGUCCUCAACAUCAGCUCCUGCUUACCUGCCCCAACUUCCUGAACGAGACUGGGAGUUAUGGCGAGCGCAACGUGAGCUUUCUGAGCUCGUGGGCAGAGCGUGGGGAGGCCAGGCUGCGUAUGCGCUGUACUAACGCCAGCGUGGCCAUGUUGGAGGUGGGGCUAGAGGAGCAGGCCACGCGCAUGGAGAGACUGCAGCAUCACUGCAUAGAGCUUGUGGACCUGGGAGCCCGAUACUACCGUGAAUACUUCCACGGGAAAGAGCACUGGAACUAUUUUGGAGCAGAUGAGAAGUUGGGGCCUGUGGCUCUGAGCAUCCGCAGGGAGAAACUGGACGACACCAAAGACCUGAAGGACCAAUACCAAUACCGCAUCAUCUUCCGUACCAGUGAGAUGGUGACGCUGCGAGGCUCUGUCCUGGAGGACGCCGUGCCCUCCACAGCGAAACCCGGGACGGUGCGGGGUCUGCCCCUGAAAGAGGUGCUGGAGUUUGUGCUGCCGGAGCUGAACCUGUCGUGUCUGCGUUUGGCUCUCAACACCCCCAAAGUCACCGAGCAGCUGCUGAAACUGGACGAGCAAGGCCUGAGCCAGAAGCAUAAGGUGGGCAUCUUGCUGUGUCGAGCAGACCAGAGCACUGAGGAGGAGAUGUACAACAACGAGGAGGCCACGCCGGCCUUCACCACCUUCCUGGAGCUGCUGGGGGACACGGUGUGUUUGAAGGGCUUCAACAAGUACGCUGCCCAGCUGGACACCAAGACGGACUCCACUGGGACACACUCCUUGUACACCACCUACCAGGACUACGAGAUCAUGUUUCAUGUUUCUACAAUGCUUCCGUACAUGCCCAGCAACCCCCAGCAGCUCCUGAGGAAGAGGCAUAUAGGGAACGAUAUAGUGACCAUCAUCUUCCAGGAGCCGGGCGCGCUGCCAUUCACGCCCCAGAACAUUCGCUCGCACUUCCAGCAUGUCUUUGUGAUCGUUCGCGUUCACAACCCCUGUUCCGAGAACACCUGCUACAGUGUUGCAGUGACACGCAUGAAGGACGUGCCCCCAUUCGGACCACCCCUGCCUCCCAGCGGCGUGACCUUCCGCGACCCUGCCUCAUUCCGUUCCUUCCUCUUGGCCAAGAUCAUCAAUGCUGAGAACGCUGCGCACAAGUCAGAGAAGUUCCACACCAUGGCUGCUCGCACUCGGCAGGGCUACCUGCGAGACCUGGCUGAGAACUGCGCCAGCAGCACACCUCUCGACACGAGCGGCAAGCUCAACAACCUCAUCUCACUAGCCUCCAAGCGGCGCGAGAGGGUCCGGGCACGCCAGGGGGCGGAGCUCGGUGCUGCUGGAGCGGUGGCCUGGCGGGUAGUGGCACAGGAUUUCAGUGGAGGCGGAGCAGAGCUUCCAUGUGUGCUGGCCAUCUCCAAUGAGUACGUGGUGCUGGCUGACUGCUCCACAAAAGAGGUGGUGUUCAACUGCUUCUGUGCCGAUGUGAUUGGCUGGACGGCCGAGAGGUUGAACUUAAAGCUCUACUAUGGCCGAGGGGAUCAUGUGGCACUGCGUGUGCCUGAGGGCGGAGCCCAGGACAUCAGAGAGGUGGUUCAGAGGCUGAAGGCGCUGACAGUCGGCUGUGAGACAGUGGAGAUGACGCUGAGACGGAACGGUCUGGGCCAGCUGGGUUUCCACGUGCGCUUGGACGGCACCGUUUCCGAGGUGGAGGAGUAUGGCUUCGCCUGGCAGGCGGGCCUUCGGCAAGGCAGUCGAUUGGUGGAGAUCUGCAAGGUCGCCGCGGUGACGCUCACACACGACCAGAUGAUCGACCUGCUGCGGACAUCGGUCACAGUUAAAGUGGUCAUAAUCCCACCAUUUGAGGAGGGAGGGGCCCGGAGGGGCUGCACAGAGGAAUACGAGAUGAAGACCCAGGAGCAGAAAGGCGAUGCAGAGCCGAUGGCAGCGAGUUACCGUUCCAGCGGGCGAGGUCCCGCGUGGCGUUGGGACAGUCCCCCUACCGCCCCAUCAGCACAGCGCUGGACUACUGUGGGGCCUCCGUCAGGUCCCAGCCGCACACACAAGGGCCUGGUGCCUGUCCCAUACAGAGAGCCGCAGCACAUUCCUGCUAAAAGACCUGUCAGUUACCCUGAGAACCACUUCAGCGUGUCUCCAGUAGCGGCAGAUCGAAGUCUGCCCUACCGCAACCCCUCAGCCAGUUUCUCCAGCCCGGGAUCAGGUCUCAGCCCUGCAGCCCUGAGCGGCCCGUUCGUCCGGUACAAACCCUCUCCAGACAGGUUCAGCUCGGCCCAGCGCGCUCUCCAGCCGUACGAAACUCAUGUGACUCUUGAUGGAUCCAGUGGAGAUUCCUCAUCCGGCUUCACCAGCCAGGAGAGCACUAUGGAGCGCAGCAAGACAGAGCCCAUGUGGCAUGUUGCAGCCUUGUCGCGGAGUGCAACCGGGGGUGGAGCUCAGAGGCGACAGGCUCGUCAGGAUUUGCAGGGAAAGGACUCGCCAAACCGACACUCAAAGGGCGAGACACAGUACUCCAGCCACUCCAGCAGUAACACUCUUUCCAGUAACGCCUCCAGCAGCCACAGUGACGAGCGCUGGUUUGACACAAUGGGCGCUAGCACCUCUGGUGCCCUCAGCGACCCCUGUGACCCUUGUGAUCCCUGUGACCCCGACCCCAUGGGGAAAGGAGGCUCCAGCGACAGUGGCAUCGACGCCUCAACUCUGUACGCACCCACCUCCAGCAGCAAAUCAAGCAAACUGAGCCGGAGUCACACAGGGACGCCCCAUAAGAGUUUUCACUCUUCAGCCACCUACAGCGGCCUGCAUGAGCUCCCUGCCCCUACAGCCAGAGUCGGGGAGGGGCACCGGCGAGAGUCAUCACCUGUCAUAACCGCCUCAGCCAAUCAGAGCAAGAAUUACCGCACGCGUACCUUCCCUCCUCCUGGCUCAGCCAGCACAGACAACUUCAAACCCAGAGCCUGCUACACCCCUCAAGGCUUCAAGACCCCAGCUGUGCCUGAUAAGCCCCGGCCUUUCCGAUCCUCCACGGCCACGCCCACUUCAGGUUCAGCUCAGCUGUCCACCUCUGCCCCCAAAUCCUUAUAUAGUAAAAACAAGCAGGGUGCAUGGCAGCAGGAAGAGAGCAGCACAGCCACUAUGACCUCAACCUCCAGCAGCACAGACAGCAACAGCAGCAAGCAGGUGGACUUGAACAGUAAGAACGUGUUUGGUCAGCCGCGUCUGAGGGCCUCUCUGAGGGACCUGCGUUCUCCUCGCCGUCCGACACAAAAGAGCACUAUUGAGGACGACCUGAAGAAACUCAUCAUCAUGGACACACCAGCCGACACACCACAAGAAUCUUCUCCUCGGAAGACCCUUCAGCGGACCUUCUCAGAUGAGAGUUUAUGUAGUGGGCGGAGAGACUCGAGCUUUGCCAGCACGCCGCUGUUUGAUGGACAGGCACCACCCAGCGACCUGCUCUUCACCAGUACACUGCCCACCCGUCGCCAUGGCAGCAGCACCAACCAUGGCGUCCUCUUACCCAAUAAGAAAGUGCCAUUGUCUGCAUCAGAGCUGUCUCUUACGGAGGUGAGGGAUAAAGUGCCCCCCUUGCGCAGACUCGACCCCGGUCUCAUGCCCCUUCCUGACACGGCAAGCGGUCUCGAGUGGUCGAGUCUCGUCAACGCUGCCAAGGCCUACGAAGUGCAAAGAGCAGUUUCUCUCUUCUCGCUGUCUGAGCCUCAUGCUGGAGGAGCUGAACUGAGACCUGUGAUAAGUCCAGUUCCUUUUCACACACCACAGACCCCCCGCACUACACCCACCUUCAGCAGUGAUGAGGUUCCUGGAGACCUGUCAGGCCGGCUGUACCACCUGGAGGUCAUGUUAAAGCAGCUGAAUAAUGAUCUGGAGAAGGAGAAGCAGGAUAAGGUGGCUUUGCUGGCUGAGAUGGCUCACCUGAGGGAGAACAACCAGCGUCUGCAGGAGGAGUCUCACUCCGCUAGCGAGCAGCUGCGCAAGUUCAGCCAGCUCCUCUCCUCCACAUCAGACAGGAAGUGAACUCUGACUCACUCUCUAUGAGGAGAGAAAGCUAAAACCAGAGGCAGCAGUUAGAACAAGGGAGGUGAUGGAUGACUCCCAUACCCGAGCUGCUCACACACGGCAUGAUGCCCACACUGCCCUUCACCUCACCUCUCUCCACACAAGACUGAACUCUGAGACUGAGAAGGAUAAGAGAGGAACAAGGAAGGAAAGCAGAGAGAGGAAACACAAGAAAUUAACACACCUUUGAGUCACUUUGGGACCUCAGAUCUUUAACUGGAAGAGGAAAAAACAUAUGGCAUCUCUAUUUUUUAGAACUCAUGCCAAGCAAGUCCCAACCCCUUGUAUGGGAGCAUCAUGAAUACAUUCCCUUCACAGCUAUUUUCCCAACUAUUGCUUUAUUUUUGUAAUGGACAAGUCUUAACAGACACGCGGACACCAAACUUGAGCCAGUUGAACUGAGAGAUCAGAUCGUACAGUUUGCAUUCAGAGAGGCCUAUUACUGUACAUGCAGCUCUUCAGCCAAAAAGAGAGGGACUGUGGUCCUGCGCUGAGACUACACUUCCCAGCAUGCAGCACUGUAGAGCGUGCCAAGGGAAAACAUGGUACUGUAGUUUUGAAGUGAGGUACAAUUCUCUUGGACUGACCCACAGAUUCAUAUAUAUAUAUAUAUAUAUAUAUAUAUAUAUAUAUAUAUAUAUAUAUAUAUAUAUAUUUACAGGUACAUGGAAUGCAAGAAGAUCAAGAUAUUGUAAUUUAAUGUUAUAAACACAUCGGGGUGCUACCUGAACCAGACAGUAUGUGACCCUCAGCUUAAACAUUGUAGAUGAUCUUAAACGAAUGGUUCAAUGAAAGUAAAUCAGCCAAGACAAGUUGUGCUUUUGUAUUUUUCACUAAUGUAAAAAUCAAGUGAUGGAUGUCACUUCCAUAUUUCACCCAAAAUCUUUUCCAUAAACACAUGCCCUUCUUCAUAUACUCAUUGCAGAUGUCAUUAGGCCACGUGUAAAUGUUCAGAUAAAGGAUUUUCUCUCAAAUAGAAGACAUAGUCAGUGCUUACACAGUUAAGACCAAAGUGGCUGAACUGGAAAACAGUGAUUCUGGUUUUCCAGUGAGCUGCCCUCAUUGUUUGAUUUAUUUUUACAGAUUUCUGUAAGUGACACUAUGUAGUGAUACUGACCUUAUACCUUGAUUGACCUUGAUUUCUCAAUUGGUCAGAUGGUGUUGAUUAAUUUUCUAUAACAGUAGCUCUGACAGUAGUGCUGGCUGAAAGGCACAUGACAGUUUUAUAUUAAUGUGCUCAUUCUAAUACAUUAUGGUUUAUCUUAUAACAACUUAUUGACAGACCUAAGGUGGACACUCCACCUUAGGAAAAUAGGAAAAAUAAUCAGUGAUUGGGGAAGUGAUAGGAUCAUCAUGCCACCUGGUCGUUGAUUAUCUUCCUAUAACAGCACGUAUAUCGUUAUUAUAUAUUUUACAUAAAUUCUGUGUAAAUUUACUGCAGAACUUGAUGCAGGGUUUUUUUGUUUUGUUUUGUUUUUUUUAAUCUCUGAAUUUGAUCAUUUUGCCAAUUCCCACCCACUAGCUAGCUCUCCCCUAUCACACCACAGCUACCAAAAAGAGAAGGUGAAGACAUGAAGCCAGCUGUCACAGGGCAGCUGAGCAUUAGGAGGAAAGCGCUAUCUGCCCUCUUCCGCAUACAUGAGCUCACAGAUGCUCUUGAUCGUCUAGUGUCACGGAGAGAGAGUAUGCCAUCCCUCUCACCCGGACAGCAUGACCAACUGUGCUCUCUCAAACUCCCAGUAUACAGUUUGAGGCAUGUUUAUGGAAAGAGUCUUGGGUGAAAAAGACUUGCAUUACUUGGUUGCAGUGUAAGUCCAGUGCAAAACUAAAUAUCUUUCGGCUGAUCGGCUACAUUUUCGCCGAACCAUUCCUUUAAUGACAGUCAUAUCUAAGCUAAGACAUCAUGACAUCAUGUACUGCAGGUCCUGUUCUCACAGUGCUGGUUUCUACGUUACCCAGGUGACAUCCUUCUGUGCACCGUGGUUAGUGAGUAUGGACAGAGUCAGUACUUCUGUUGUUCUUCAUACAAUAUCUUCCCCAUUAGUACUGCUUCUCAAUGACUAGACGUGACUGUAGAAAAAUAAUCAGUCAUCCCAUCUCAGUCUCCAGUCAUCCACGUGGUGUUCUGCAGGAAUCAAACACGGAGACAGAUCUCUUCUUAAAGCAUCACCGCCGCUACUGUUAAACAGAAUUACUGUAAAACACAGGACCAAUUAGAGCGACUGCUCCUAGAACUGUGAUGCUCAUCUCAAUUUUCCCCUUCCAAUGCUUUGGCAUUGCACUGUGUGUAAACUCUGGCUUCUUCGUCGAAUCGAGACACUGUACGUCUGUAUGCAACUGAGACACAACAGCGCCUGCGCUUGUGAGGCACGGCGCCUUCCACACAUAAUAUAUUUUUCUAUUUACCUCUCAGUUUAGGUGUAUCAGGUGACACGACUGUUGGCUGUUUUUAAAACCAAGAACAAACAGAUCCAUGUAUGGGUUAUGUACUUAUGCUGGUUUCCUCAUCCCCUGCACUGUAAAGAGAUUAGUCACCCUUCAUGAGGCUUUUUUGUUAGUAUUAGAGCAGUUUAUACAGUUACAGUAACUAAAUUAGCGAGUAGGUUUGAUCCAGACCAGUUGCUCAUUAGCUGUCGGUAGGUACUCUGUAUAUAUGAGCUUUAAUAUGGCAUAGUGAAACGACGCAACCCCGACUGUCCCUUUAAUCUGGUCUAACUGGAAAACAUCAUCUCAUCUCUCAGGAGCCACAACUCGCCCUCGACGGCCUGAACUAUUUAUUCUAUUUAUUUAUGCGUCGACCAGAGGGUGGCGUUAUGUUUAAAUAUUCUAUAACCAACUAAUAUGGAUAAACACACCGACACACACACACACACACCUGGAGAGAGCUGUUUAGACUGGAAAAUUAUCAUACAACAGUUCAAGGAAAAAUCCACCCUGAACAACUUUAUAACUAACCUAGCAUCUAAGAUUUAUUUUUUAAUAAAAUUCGGAGUUGCCUUUUUCAGUCUGUUUUCAUGGUUUCCUACAUUACCCACAAUGCUGUUCAACUGCCUGCUGAUUGGUGCAGUGGGAUUUAGCCCUAUCUUCAUCCCUACCUGAAAAGAUCGAUGCAGCAGCACUUUAAUCCUUUAGUCUAUCCAGCUCAGAAAGAUCGCCCUCGUCAUCUCAUAGAUCACCAACUAGCCGAGGCAAGUCUCUGCUGUAGCUCAGCACGACUGUGUCAUAUAGCUGCAUUGCAUUCUGGAACUUUGAGUCCAACGUUUGCACCAACAUCUCCUCUACUUCUGCAUUGGAUAUUCCAUUAGUAUGAUCUUGAACAUCUCUGGGAAAAGGUGACUAAUAAAAGAAGCUCUUGCUCUUUUGUUUUUAGGAGCCAACAGUGAAACAUGAACGUUCUCCCUUAUGUGCUGAGAAUUUGUUUUCUCUUAUUAAACACCAUUUUAAAGUGCACUAGCAAUAACAAUGUCUCCCUGUGACAUCAGCACGGCACACUAACUUCUCACAGGAAUAAGGAAAAUACAGCACCAACCAUCAGAUUAACAGCAGAAUCACUGAACACAUCACUAAACAAUAUAAACAUAUUUAAUGCGUUUCAGGGUGGAGGUUUCCGUUAAAUCCUAGGCAAUUUAAAGUUGCAACUGUAUUUUGGUGUUCUUUUUUAAAUGCAACUAAACUGCACCAUUUCUAAAUUUCUCAUCAUAGACAAAAUAUAGAAAUAUGAAAGAGCCUGUUACUUGUGUAAAAAUGCCCCCAUUACUACUCUUUAUCCUCGUCAGCCUUCUUCAUCCUCACUAAACGCCAACAUCAGGUCAUCCUCUCCUCACCAGCUUACACGUGUGUGUGUGCUACAUCAACACACACUCACGGCCUCAUGCGAAGCUCUGCGUGCUGAUUAUACACACCAUCAGCUGUCUUAAUUCUUUAGUUUGUUCAAGGGUGGAGGUGUUUUUGAUGUUUUCGUGUUAUUUUAACUUUUAAGCUAAGUACAAGUGAUCUACAGCUAGCUGAAUCUGUGCACAUGAAUAAAUCAUUAAACUAUAGUCCAGCUGUAAAACUUGCUGUGUCGUAUGUGUAAAAAUUUGGAUUAUUUAUUUUGGAUUUUUUUUUCUUCUCUAUCUCUUUCUCUUUGGACACAUCAGCCAUUUUUCAGUGAAAAAAAAAGGAAUUUUGGUUGAUUUUUUUAAGUCAUACGUGAGAUGUUUGAUUUCUGCUCUUUUGUACAAUGCUCAAUUUCCUCAUUUUUUUUAAUGAUUUGUUUUAAUUUUUAAUUUUCUUCUUGUAUGCUGCCCUUCGCAGUUUGCUUUAUGCCUCGUAAAAUCCGAUAACUGAUUAAUCUUUCAGUUUCUCCUGGGAACCUCAUAUUGAUGAGUGUACAUUUAAUAAGUGUAAAUUAUGUUUUCAAUAUUUUAUAAAAAAAAUAUAUAUUAAAAAUAUUUCUGAUUGAA